AUGUCUUUUGAUGAGAAGGACGACCCUCAUGACCUCCACGAUCAUCACCAUCAUCGCUCCACCUCAUAUUCAUCUUGUAAUAACAACCACACCCAAUCAACCAACAACAACAACAUUGACCCUCACCCACCAUCCACCUCACAACAAGAACGACGACGCGAAUGGAUACCUACUACUACUACGAGUAGUAGUAAUAGUAGUAGUACUUUUAAUAACCCUGCCACCAAUAUUAAUAGUAUAUUCAACAACAAUCAUCACAUGUUGCCUCCCAAUAUUAGGGGGACAAGUGAAGAAGGUGGCUCUCAUUUCACUUCAAUUAACUUUGGUUGUUCAACAUCGAAUGGGGAAGAUGGCUCUCCAGCAGUCUCCUCAACACAUUCUUUCACCCGAACUACCACCACAACAACCUCUCCCACCCAACCUUCGCACAUUUCUCAUCCACCACAUUUUGAAUAUCAUCAACUCUUGCAACAGUUGUUACUAGCAAGCGAUUGGACCUCAUCCGAGAGAGCACUCGAUGACAGGAUCACCACCCGUCCAACAACGACACCAAAGUCUUCUUAUGGGAUCACCACCAAUUCCAACCCCGAUCAGGGAGCACAUACCGAAAGUGGAAAUCCGUACACCACCAACGUUGUUGUUCCCCAACAGCAACAUCAUCACGUCCAAACUUUCUCAUCCAACCCAACUCAAACAAAGUCGCCUGACACGUCCACGAUUCCAUCAUUCCCUCGACGUCGAGAGGAGGAGUUUACAUCACCACCUUUCAAUGCCUGCAACUCCUUCCUUCCAGCUAGGCUUCAGAAUUCCAGAUUCUCUUUCCCAACAACAUCAUCAUCACAUGAUGAAAUUUUGAAUGCAAUGACUCAUGCAACAACUCCAAAUUCCGAAACCAAUCCAUUCUCAUCAUUACCAAGAGCCACUACUUCAUCAUCGUAUCAUUCUACAUCACGACCUGCUGGGUCUACCUCCACACCUGGCAUGCUUGAAAACAAGAAUACUUCCAAUAACAACAACAACAAGCCUUUUCAAAUUCGUUUUUCAAAAGAAGGCUUCUUUGAGAGACCAUCAAUUUCAAACAUCAUGCAUCCGACAUUGACCAGUUCGACCAGCAGCAAAUGCAGGACGAAUACUAUCACCAAUGCUUCUACAACAAGUGAGCCCUCCAGCAAUCACGAUGGCAUGCCAGCCAUGCAUGAGUUACCUUCUUCAUCCUCCUCUUCAUGCAUGCAUGUACAAACUCUGGAACGCCCUUCGUCGUCUUCAUCAUCCUCAUGGACUCAACACUCUGCAUCAGCUUCAGAACAUGCAAUAGUAGAAAAAUCAUCAUUACCUAAUGAACAAUUGCAUGUAUCAACAGGAACAAGCUCUUCCAAAAAUGUUACAUCCGAAACAUCAACAACAACAUCCACACCCAAUACAACAUCUGCCACCUUUGCUCCCACACUCAUGAAUAAUGCAUGUAUUUUCUGUAAAUUGAAUCACAAAAAGUGUGACAAGAUUGCUUACCCUCCUGGCUGUUCCAACUGCGUCAAAUCUCAAAAACAAUGUGUUUAUUCACAGGCAAGAAAAAGAGGACCAAAGAGUAAUCAUCCAGCCACUCAUCCAAUUACCGGAGCUGUGCAAUAUCAAUUUAUUGACAAUACAGCCACUUCGGUCAGUAGUUCUUUCUCCAGCAGCAGUUGUUGUUCAUCGUCAACAUCUGGCAAACGAAAAUCCAAAACAUCCACUUCUGGAAAACAGCAACAACAGCAACAACAACUACAACGUGCAAGUGGCUCCUACACCACAGAACGAUCCUAUCUCCAUAAUCUCGAACUGGUCGAAUUGGAAAGAAAAUAUUUCAGUAACCUUUCAGAGAAUAUUUAUCGUAAAAUGGCCAUUUCCUUAAUUCCACCAACGAAGGACUCUGCUUUUCUCAAAUAUUGGCUUUGUGUAUCAAUUUCUGGACAAAGCAAUAUGAAUGUGGACAUUACGAGUGUUGAUUUUAGUCAACCUUUGGGUAAUUCUCAUCUUUCCAUUCUCUUUUCAAUCCAUGCAUUGAUCUUUUUAAGGAUGGGGCGAAAAAAUCACUCCAAAACACUGUAUGAAAAAGCUCGUGAGUACUUGUCGAGAUGUUUUGAUCAGAUUGGUGAUGAUUUGGUGCUGUGUGUGUAUAGUUUAAUGUCCUAUUACUUGUUGGGUACCGAUUGCUCGAAAACCCUUAAAUCAUCAGAGAGUCAUCAUCAUGUGACGAGCAGCAGCAGCAACACUUGUGGUGCAUCUUCUUGUUCUUCCUUAGAGAAACGACCAUCCACCACCGACCAUCCUCCCUCUUCUACAUCCUCAAAUUCUUCGUCGCCAUCACUCUCUCACACAUUCCAUGAAAACAAUGCUAGUCAUAGCAGUAAUAGAUGUGCAAGUAACACGAAUUCAGCAAUUACUUCUGCUCUCAAUCCAGAUUCCACUCUCAACAAAGGCAUCAGUGAUACAUGUUUUGGUCAGUGUUUAUUACGUUCCAAGUAUUUUCAUCACCUGUGCCAAACGUUUAUGAAUGCCACCGUAGAGGAAGAGGAGGCGAAUGUUGUGACUUUACAAGGGAGAGCGAAGAGUGGUACUACUACCACCGUCACGACUGGAAAUCAAUCCUGCUCAACAUUAAAUACUUCACCACCUCCAGCUCCCACGUACCAUAUUCAACAAGCCACUCGUGACUAUAUUCAACAAGGUCUUGCAAUGACACAAGCGUUUUUCAUUCCAGAGACUUUGGAUUCUCACAUACGGUUUGUGUUAAAUGCUCCUCAAAACAAAAUUAAUUAUCCAUUCAUGGAUCUCGUGGAUGAGAGCAGUUAUUUGGACUUUGAAAUUUCACAACAUGUGAAUAUUCUUAAUUGUGUGGUGAGGAGUAUUGCGAGGCGUCAAAUGAUGUGCGAAACUGCACAGCAACAACCCCAGGGAACAUCUUUAAGGGGUGGUCAUGCAAAUCCUCCAAGUGUUAAAACUAAUACUCGAGCCUCCUCCACUAUUCAUAGGCCCAUGGCUCAAUUGGAGAGCAACAAUUCCACCAAUGAGCUUAUUCAAAAAUUGGAUAUUUUAGUGAAAUUCUUAAAACAUGAAGGUGAAGACAAGUGUUUCUUUUUAAUUUUGCAAUGCUUAGGACUAAAGGCACUUCUUCUCUUCAGACAUCACAAACAUGUCGAUCCUUCUCUCUCACUUGAGUUGAUGAGUGUGGCCAAUGAAAUAACCAGCAUGACCAAACACAGCCAAUUCAAAUAUGCAAAUAUUAAUGCAGUAUUUCCUGUUGAAAUUGCGACAAAGAUCCAUUGUGAUUCUCUUCACGGAUUGGUCAUUGAGUCUUCUAUUAAUUUAAUGUUGGAAUAUGUGGAGAAUUUGUAUCAACAAUUGAGUCAAGACUAUAUGAAUCUGUUAUUGAUUUGUGAAAAAGCUUCCUUACUCAAGUUUAGAUAUUCACACUUGCUGGAUCAUGCACACGUGUGCAUGGAAUCUUAUGAAAGCUUGAAAAGAACAAACCCUGAACGUUUUAUUUCAAGCUCUGCUUUUGUUUUAAAAAGAUGA